GGUCGGAGGUCGAUUUUCGCUUGACAUAAGGGUACCCAAUUUUACUAAUGAUAUGAGCUAUCCGGUUAUCAUUCAUGCAGUUCGCGAUCUUGCAAGGUGCAAUUGGCUAACUGGAUUCAAUUUGAGUUGA